GGCAUAGCACCGAUUAUUAAGUUCAAGUGAAGGUGAGUUAACGCCUCUAUUUUGUUUUGGACUUGGUGUUGGGAAUUCCUCUCUCGAUCAUGCCUUGAUCUCCUGUCGACUCAAGCCAGCGAAAUUCGCCAUUGUGAUAGUGGAUAUGCCGGUUACACGUGCCGGAUGUAAAAUAUUUCAAUUAAAAUUUAAAGAUUUGAAAAGUUCAUUUACGGAGAACUAUCAAAAAAUAUAGAGGAUGAGUGCUGACUCCACCACAGUGAAACUGGAGCCUAUGUCUAAUGGCAUGGUGUCCAUUGCAGACUAUUCUUCUAAUGGAAUGGUGAAUGGAGCUGUAUUCUCUAGUGAUCAAAGUGAUACCUCCUCGCCUGAUGAUCGCACCAUAGUGGUCUCCUCUCCUAGCCAGCUGGCGCUAGCGUCAAGCACAAUGUCUCCAGAUCAAGAAAAUGGGGAUGUAAAGAAGACAUGUUUAGUUUGUGGAGAUGUUGCAUCGGGGUAUCAUUACGGUGUAGCAUCAUGUGAAGCAUGUAAAGCAUUUUUUAAGCGGACCAUUCAAGGUAACAUUGAGUACACCUGCCCAGCCAAUGCCAACUGUGAAAUCAACAAACGCAGGAGGAAAGCGUGCCAGGCGUGUCGUUUCAAGAAAUGCCUGCUGAUGGGCAUGCUAAAGGAAGGUAAGACAUUGCCCAUAGCCUUCACCCUAAAGCAAAUAACAAAACAUCCAGUUUGUUUUGAUCACAAUUGUCCCAGGGCUGAGGCUCAUAGACAACAUGCUUUUUGGACCAAGAUAAAUACUAUUUUUUUGCAGAAGAAAAUAAUGAAAAAAAUAUGAUUUAAUUUCAUUGAAAUCAAUAAUUAAAUAAAAAUAGAUCUUGAUCAUUAAAUCACAACCCAGAGAACUACCAUUGAUCAGAUAAUAAGCAACUUUGAAGAUGAUCAUGAUGAAAGAGCCAGAGGAUUUCUCUUGGCA